UUAGAUUAUGUUAUAUAAGAAAAAGAUAUGUAUGUGUAAAUAAUUUAUGUUGAUUUAUUAUUAAUACAUAUAUGCAUAACUUGUUUUAUUGUGAUUCUAAGUUUAUAGAUUUCUUGUAUUUAUAAGGAAAACAAAUAUUUAAUAUAAAAUUAAAUGGUCUUUUUUUACCUUCUUUGAAAAAGAUAAUUUUUGUAAAUAUCACAUCUUGUUUUAAUGUGUAUAUUUAAUAUAUAUUUAAUAAUUAUUGUAAAAAUAUGCAAUUAUUGCAUAAGAAACAAUUCACUACCAUCAACUGCCGUAAAAAUAUUCGAACAUGACAACGGUUAAAAUAACUAAUAAAUAGUAUUACAAGUAUUACUACGUAUCAUUAUUAUAAAUUCCUUUUGCAACAUCCCAGACAGCAGAGAGAGUUCAAAAAGAAUCUGCGGAUCGGAAUCACACAUCAUGCAUAUACUUGCCAAAAUUUAUAAAAUUAUAUUUGUUAUUUGACAUUUAAAUAGGUUUUCAUAACAUUCUUAGGAAUCUCUGUUGAGUAUUCGGCAUUUUUCUCUUUUUUUCUUAACUUUUGCACAUCUACCAGGCGCGAGUUACAUACACACACAAAUGCACAAAAUAAUUUCGCAGAUAAGAUGAUAAGUUGCGGAAUAAUGACAUUACAAAUGAACGUCGCGACCAUGAAUAGCGGCCGUAAACGCAUAGUGGAAGUCAAAUGCGGUAUAAAUUCCCCUAGAAGCCAUGUCCACAGGAAGUUUUACAGCGCGUAUAUGGCGGACCUGCACAUGUGCAUCCGUCCUCCGUGAACCUAGCCCACUAGGCGCGUCGCGUAGCGUACUCUUCCGCUCGCGCAAGGAGUUCGUCUGUCUGUGUGCGUGACAUUUUUUUCCACGGUCCGUUCUCGUGCUGCUGCAACAUGUUUACCUGGCUCAGUCGCCGCUAUCACGAUUACCAGCAGCUCGUUGUUGAUUCCACCAUGAUAUUCACAUCACCUUAUCAGCAGCAUUAAUUGCCAGCAAAGCUGUGCAGUGAUCAUGUAGCCUAGCUGUGUUAACUAGAUGCGAGUACCUUAUAGUCAAGAUUAGUACAGAUUAGUAGCAUAUAGAGAGGGAAAGGGACGGAGAGAGAGCCAAAGUGCAAUGGAUGAUGAAGAGCGCCUUGAGGGUGAAGAGGAGAUGGAGCUAGAUGAGGCUUCUGAUGGUGAAGACGAGGAUGAAGAGACUACAGGGAUUCCUGUGUCUCCAGCCAAUUCUGAUCAAUUGCUUGGGCAGACAACUCCAACAACUCCUGUUACACCGGACGAGGCUUUUCAUGACCCGUUACGAUACCAGAAGUUUCCGCUGCCUGGUGGCAAGCCUUUGAAUAUUCGUCGUGGACCUGGAAGGCCUCGGAAGGAGCGGCCUCUUGGUAUAACUCGUGGAGGGGGCGCUAGGAGAUCCUUUGGAAGGGGUGGGGCUAGAGGCAAAGGACUUGGAUAUGCAAGAGGUAUACCACGUCGUACCAAGAGCAAAGAUGAUGAUACACAUUCGGAGUCACCGAGUCCUUUGCGCAUCACUGGGACGGACGAUACCACCGAGGGUGGUGAGGCAUCAGGGAACACAAUUGACAGGUCGAUGCCGGCACCUGAAGAGCCUCCCUACUUUCCUGAACAAUGGCCAGGCAAGGUUUGCGCGUUAUGCAAUCUGGGCGAGAGGAGUCAAUUGGGGCAAGGCGAACUUCUACGUUUGACAUGUCCGCCAGGUUUUACUCCUGAAAAGUCGACCAACCGCGAUGAGUCGACUACUGACCAUCUCGUUGAUGUCGUUGCAGGAGAUAAAAGUCCGCGUACAGCUGGUCCUGGAGCUGCCGUUACCUGCCGUAGACAGAAAAGCCUAGCUAAGUGCAGAAAUACUAGUCUAACAAAUUUUACGGAACCGGUAGAAGAACUGACAAUCGUAGGCUAUUCAGAAGAACCGGAAGUCGGGGUUCUUUUCGAGUCCACAACUGGUCAUUACUAUGUUCAUCAGUCAUGUAUUAUCUGGUCCAGCAAUAAUCACGAUUUAUCUCCAGAAUUAACGUGUCGCGCCGUCUUGCAAGCUUCCUCUAGACGUUGCGCUUAUUGCUCCCACUAUGGUGCCGGAAUUUCUUGCAAAGUAACAUCGUGCAAUCGUUAUUUUCAUUUCCCGUGUGCCGCAGCUAGUAGUUGCUUUCAAGACACAAAGAGCCUGUCUCUUUUCUGUAGUCAACAUCUCGGCCAAGUUCCGCUUUUACUGACUGGAGAAGUGACUUGUGUGCAUUGUCACGGAAUGGGUGACGUUUCCAAUCUAGUGAUGUGUUCUGUAUGCGAUCAACAUUAUCAUGGCAGUUGUGUAGGGUUAUCUUUGCUGCCAGGGGUACGUGCUGGGUGGCAAUGUCUGUCUUGCCGCGUCUGUCAAGUCUGUCGGCAACCUGAGGAUGUUUCUAAGAUGAUGCUGUGCGAGCGAUGUGAUAAAGUUUACCAUCCCAGUUGUCUACGACCAAUCGUCACUUCUAUUCCAAAGUACGGCUGGAAAUGUAAGUGCUGCCGCGUGUGCACUGAUUGCGGAUCACGUACUCCCGGCGCUGGACUAUCUUCUAGAUGGCAUUCUCAUUUUACCGUCUGCGAUUCGUGUUAUCAACAGCGCAAUAAAGGAUUUUCCUGUCCGCUCUGUAGAAAGGCGUACAGGGCUGCAGCGUAUCGCGAAAUGGUGCAAUGUCACGUAUGUAAAAAGUUUGUGCAUGGCACGUGCGAUCCAGAAGCUGAUCCACUGACAUACCAGCAGCGUAAGGAGGCAAAACCUGAUUACGAGUAUGUUUGUUCGCAUUGCAAAAGCCUUGCCAUGGUGGCUAGACGGAAAGACAGCCUGGACGAAGGCGACUUAAGUUUGAGCGCUUCUCAGGAGAGUCUUGAUGGCGAAUCUGAAUUGGAUUAUCAAGGUGGUAGUGAAGAAGCGCUUUAUUCUGUUGGGCUAGGUAAAGGAAAGCCAUUUUGUGCUACUAAGAUUGCAAAAAAGAGAUUAGGAAUCAGUGGUGGUCUUAUUGGUAGACCCAAAGGCAUCGGAAAGCUAGGCUAUCAAAAGAGACAGAAGAUGACGGAGUUUGGAAGAAAAAGGGGGCCUAAGGCAAAGAUGAGAGGGAUUUUUGGGGUGCCUGGAGUAGGUCUGCAACGUCCAAUGCCAGAUUCAUUGUCGAAAGAGGAUGAACCUGGUGUGGAGAACAGGUUAGUCCUGUGCUCAGCCAAGGAUAAGUUUGUUCUUACUCAGGACAUCUGCGUAAUGUGUGGCGCAAUUGGUACCGAUCAAGAAGGUUGCCUAAUUGCGUGUGCUCAGUGUGGCCAAUGUUACCAUCCGUAUUGUGCAAAUGUCAAGGUUACUAAAGUGAUCUUACAAAAAGGCUGGCGGUGUCUCGAUUGCACUGUUUGCGAAGGCUGCGGUGAACGAAACGACGAAGCCCGAUUGAUUCUCUGUGACGAUUGCGAUAUCAGUUAUCAUAUCUAUUGCAUAGAUCCACCCUUGGAUUACGUGCCGCACGGCACCUGGAAGUGCAAAUGGUGCGCCCAAUGUCAAACCUGUGGAUCUAAUAAUCCCGGCUUUAAUUCAUCUUGGCAGAAAAGUUACACGCAGUGCGGGCCUUGCGCUUCGCAUACCGCUUGUGUAGCCUGCCAAGACGCUUAUCAGGAGGGUGAUCUCAUUAUUCAAUGUAUCCAGUGCGAAAGAUGGCUGCAUUGCCUUUGCGAUUCGAUUAAAAGCGAAGCCGAAGCUGAACGUUGUGCCCAAGAAGGAUACGUUUGUCUUCUUUGUCGUCCUAGAGACGUUCCUCCGCCUCACCUUCUCUCGAAACCUUCUCCAAAAUUUUCAAGAUUGUCUCCUCCCCCGCAAAAUCGAAGCCCAGAACUGUUUAAACCAUCGCAGCAAUAUCUAAUAGACGGUGUUUAUCUUUCCGAAGCCGGAAUGAGUCACAUCAAGUCUUUAACUUCUGAGCAUCAACAAACCAGAAAAAAGAGAAGAAAACUACUUCCGAUGGUUGACAAAGAGGCAGAUAUAAUGGCAACUAUCGAAUCUGUCGUUGCCGGAGGCAGUUUGGACAACUCUUUGGAGGAAACUAACAAAUUGGAGUUGAUAGAUGUUAAAGAUGAACCAGAAACUGUAUUGAAGGAGGGCAUGGUAUGGAACCAGCCUCCUCCCGAAGGUUUUAGCAUCUGCACUUCGGAAAACGGACUUCCUGUUUUGCGAAGAAAGCGUCAAAGGAAUCUUCAAAAAUUAGGAAUUGGAGGAUUCGUUGUAAGAUUAAGAGGAACUAGAAAGGACAAAGAAGAAGAGGGAGAUGGUGAAAAACCUGGAGAUUCUUCAGUUGUUGGCAUGGGGGACGAUAAGCCCCGCAGGAAACCUCAAAGAAGGAAACCAAAAACGAAGCUGGCAGAAUGCUUUCCUCUUUAUAUGCAGGAGGCGUUUUUUGGCAAGGAUUUGAUGGAUACGACGAAGGAAAAAGAGUUGGAAAGCAGUAGCGAGUCCGAAGAAGAAUACAAAGUUCCUGAAAAUGAUGAUAAUACUAUACAGUUGUCUCAAGAUUUAUUAGAGGUGAUGGAACAAGUUAAAGCAAAACAAGGAAAACAGGAUGAAAAGAUUGUUCCUGAGCAAAUCAAAAGAGAAGAAAUUAUGGAGGAUGAUGGUAGUGAUACCGAAGCGCUUGGGGAUAUUAUACCAAUUUCUGGAGAUUUGUUGGACAAUGAUUUAGUAAAUACGAUAAUGAACGAGAAUGAUGAGGAUCUAGCAAAGGCGAGCGAAGCACUGGAUGAGUUGGAUGACGCUCAAGGUGGCAGUAAAGAUGAAUUAACUGAUAUUCUAAGUCCACAUUUUAAUUUGGAAUCAAUGGUCAGGGACACAGGUUUACCAAAUAUGGAUAGCAAAGAUAUCGAGGAAAUAUUUAAGGGAGUUCUAACUGAUGAAUCUCAAGAAUCUCAAGAGUCAUCAGUGUUUUCUGUCCAAGCUCAGACUUCGCAUCCUUCAUCAUCUACUACACCCCUAGUAUCACCUUCUCCUCAUCCUGGUAUUCAAACAGCAAUGCCUUUAGCGAGACCUCAAGUACCUGGUGCUCUGCCCUCAGUUGGCCAAUCAAAUUCAUCAAUCUUGAAUUCUCCAAUGAGUUACCCACCGUGUUCACCAUAUCACUCAGAAUAUAGCAAUAGCCCACAAUUUAGUCCCGCGUUUUCGGAACCACCUAGUCCAUGGGUGAACCCCGAUGACGAGGGAAAUAGUGCAGCGGGCAAUACCACAAUCUCGUAUAACCAAAGAAGUAAUAUGAAGAUGGAGACCGAUGAAACAUUGGGCGCUGGAGCAACAAUAUCCUCAGUGCUUUAUUCUAAUCUCAAUCAUCCCGAGUUGAAAACCGAAUAUCCAGCCUGGCCCGAGAGAUGUAAACAAAUCUUGAAAAAGUGGCGAGCGCUUCCAAAUGAAAAAAAAGGUCCGUUCUUGACGAUGGCGCGAGACAAUCGAGCCGCUAUUCGUAUGAAGAAGACGCAACAGCUCUCCAAGGAGACACCACUACCAAGCACCACCACCACCACUAUCAUCACCAAUAUGACUACCACCACCACCACCAUCAAUAUGACCACUACCACCACUACUACCGUCAUGACUACCAUCAUCACCAAACCCGCCGUUAUGACGGCCCAGCAGCAGCAACAGGCGGUGGGCUUGAGGCCCAUGGAAAAGCAGCCGGGAAUGUUGAUGACCACAGCGAUCACGUCAACCAGCAAUAAUCAGCAUCAGGAGGUGUGUGGGGUGCAGGGAACCCCGCCCAGCCCCUCCUUGUCUCCCGAAGCUCCUAGAAGCCUUCAGUCGUCCACUUUACAAUCUUGCACAACACCAGCUUCUUCCUCCUCUUUGUCUUCUUCUUCUUCUUCUGCCUCUUCUUUUUCUUCUUCUCACUACAACAAUUCGGGUAAAGGGCAGCAACCCUUCCAACAACGUCCACAUCCAAUUGUCGUUCACAGCGGCGGCGGGAGCGGUGGCGUAGAUCAGCACCAAAUUCGAGUGCUUACUCCGUCCGAGAUUAUGCGCACCCUCCCGUCCCUCAGCCAGGAGCACUACGACCCCCCACCCCCGCCACCACCACCACCCACAGCAAUUGUUCACACUGUGCCUCCCGUACAGAAUCACCACCAUCACCACCACCCGAGUAAUGCCAUGGAACAAGAAAAGCUGUCGAACAGAGACCGGACCAGCAGAGAAGCUGAACAGGAAAGGCAAUGGAAGCAGCUGCAAGCCCUACGUCAACAACAAGCGCAAUUGCAACAGCAAGUUAUUCAUGAGCAACGUGUGCACGCGAUAGCUAGAGUGCACAGGCAAGUUAGUGAAGACAAUUCAACUCAAUUAAGUGGUGAUGCUCCUGGUUUAACUACACAAUUACAAGUUUCCACAGCACAAGACACAAGCCAACUGACACCUCUAGCUUCUCCCUCUCCAGGUUCUCGCAAUACCUUCGCUACGCCUCCGCUCAAAACUCCACGUGGACUUACGCCUCAAUCUCCUCACCAUCAAACUAUGGUACGCCUGCCCACGCAAACCGCCUGCCGGAAUGUACGUCCGGGCUUUCCGCAGCCACCGUCUCCCGUCUUUUCACCGCAAGCGCCCCAAUCGCCUCAUGAUUUUCCUCAGUCUCCCGCAUCCUCUCAGCCUUCUCAGGAACCUCAUUUCCAGCGUUUUGAGGGCAAUGUCUCGACUCCUGCAUCUCCUUACUCAUCGCCUCAGACACCAGGUACACCCCGUACUCCUGUCUUUAAUCCCCCGCGACCCCCCGUUUAUGCUCCUCCUCCUUCUCCUGCAACAUCGCGAACUCCCGAUCCUUACAGUCAGCCACCUACUACUCCCACCCCUGCUCCUGCCGCUCCCGGGUAUCCGUCACCAAGGAGUUCUGAAGCCCCCCGGACGCCUCAAGAACAGGAAGUGACUUUCGUACAGCAGCCAGAGGUCAAUAGACAGCUGAGGGAUUUACUGCAAAGACAGCAGUUUAGUAAGAAGAUUGAAGGAGUUACUGCUAAUUGGUCUCAAGAUGGACAAAAUAAUACGGAUAACAACCAGCAACAAUUUGAAGCUAGUCAUAUGCAGCUUCAACAGCAUUCUCAAGUACAAAGUAAUGCCAGCGAGGGCACUUUUAGGCAUCCACUUCCUCCGGGUAUCGUUAGACCCAGGAUGCCCAUUCAACCGAACGUGUUAAUUAGGAAUCCUAUUGGAAUAAACUCGCGACAUCCUGUAGCAGGAAAUAUCCAGGGUUCCGUCGAUCAUCGCGCUAGAAUGCUGCUGCAGAAUAGACCUCAAGUAGCUACCAAUAUAUCUCAACAGCAUUUCCAAGGUACUCAGAAUCUACAAACACGGAUACCGGCAACGAGAAAUGCCAUUUCCGAGCCUUAUGAAAUUUUGCAACAACAACAAAGAUUUACAGACGUAAAUCAAGCACAAAGUGUGAACCAGCGCAUUGCGCGAACAACACAGGACAAUCUUAAUCAGGGUAUUCGCAUGCUGGGUACUACUCCGGGAAUGGUAAGAGCACCUCUUAUUCCCACAACAGGCGAGACUUCGGGAGGAACCGUUUCUGAAGCGUCUGAGAUUCCCGACAAUGUAACAGCCGAACUAGAAAAACUGGAACAGGAAGGAGCUGGACCAAUGGUCGAGGUCGAAGGUGUUAGUGCAAUAUUGGGAGAUUUGGCGGAUGACGAUGAUGAGUUACUCGCCGAAAUGGGUGGAGAUUUCAAUAUCCUGGAAUACGCCGAUCCCGAACUGGACACAAUCGCGGGCGGGGAAAAAACAAAUAUUCUCGAUUUGGAUCUCGAGCAAGUUGAAGUUGAUCCAAAGGAUGAAAAACAAAAGAAGGAAACUAAAGACGAAGACCAAAAACCAGAAUUGGCUGGCCCAUCUGAGAUUGCCGAUACCUGUUCAACAAGUACAAGUUUGACUUUGACAGAAAAUUCAAAUGUACCAACGAUAACAUCGCCCCAGGCAACAUCCCAGGCAAUGCAAGCACAAGUGGUGCAGCAACAGAUGCAUCAGCACGUGCAACAAGCGGCAGCGAUGGGUCGCCCGAUGCCGCCAGGGACGAGAUUGUUAUCGCCGGAUGGGGCGGUGGGAGUGGUAACUUCCACGAACACUGUGACUGUGAGUUACCCUUCGACCUUCCCUGGUCAUCCACAGAGAAUUUCGCAGGCACACAUACAAGUUUCUCAACAACAAAGAUUAGGCAUGCGAGUAGGGGUACCAAAUGUGGCAAACAGAGUGGUCGCUGUAAAUCAUAUGAUCAGUCCUCGAAUGCCAUUGGCCCCGCCGCCGCCGCCGCCUCCUCCGCCACCUCCAUAUCCAGGUCCACCGCCUCCGUAUCCUGGACCAAUACAGAUGGGACUGUGCCCGGGUGGUGGUGGUGGGCGAGGUAUGACGCGGCCCCCAGUCCAUAUGACGGGGCAUCAGGUGCCGGUGGCGGGCCCACCUAUGGGUUCCGUAGUGCCGCACCCUCACCGGAGACCCUUGCUUCUGCAGUCGUGUUCACAGGAACAGCCGCUGCUGCUGGAAGAAUUGCUGGAACAGGAAAAACGGGAACAAGAGAAGCAUCAGCAACAGCAGCAGCAGCAGCAGCAACAACAACAACAAACCGAAAAUCCUACUGGAGGAAAUCUCUUGAGCGAUAGUGAUUUUGAAAGACUCAGGGCUGAUGUUCUUGGUACUACGUCACCUCCUCAGGGUAUGGUACCGGUAAUCCGGCCACCCUGUGCAACAAGACCUCCUUCGGCACCUGGUACCAGUUGGCAGCAGAGUAAUGUUACUGCUGAGGGAACAGCAAAGUUAACCGGGGCGCAGGUGGGAGCAAGACAGCCGAUUGCCACACAAACACCGCCUGAACCGAGGGUGGCUCCAUUUAAUAUCCCUCAAAUACCAGCACCACCGACACCACCGGAAAAUAUUGUUACUGAGCAAGAUCGACAGAUGCAGUUACAGUAUGAGCAAUGGCUUAAUCAUCAGCAUCAAAUAUUGGCGCAACAAUUAAAAUAUUAUGAGACAGAAGUUCAAAAACUUCGAAAGUCUAGAAAGUCUCUCAAUAGCAAACAACGCCAACUUCGUAAAUCUGGCAACGAGCUGACGGAGAGUGAUGCUGCCGAAUUGCAGCGGAUCACGAACGAUCAAGCUGUUCUUCAAAAACAUUUAGAUGCCUCUCGAAAGCAAACUCGUCAACAUGGCAUGCUCUUUCAGGAGUACCACAGCAAGCAGCAACAGCGACAGACCCAAUCACAAUCAAAUGAACCCUGUUCUCCUUUGAUGUCACCUUCACAGCAUUCCCCAAUGCAUUCUCCAGCAGCUUUAGUUUCUCAAAGUCCUGGUCCCAGCAUGAUCCAACAUUCACCAGCAACUCCGUCAAUUGUUCAACACAGUCCAGGUACUCCACUUCUACAACAUAGUCCAGGUAAUCCUCAGUCGACCAAUCCAGGAACGAUGUCACCUCAUAACGUUCAACAGCAGUCGCCAAGAAUUGGUACUCCUCAUUCUCAAGGAGAAGAAAACCCCUUCAGUCCCUCAGGACCAAUGCCUUCUCCAGGUCUAUGCAAUACUAACACUACGCGAAUGACAUCACCACAACAUAGAACUAUUAUUGGUGGCAGAUUGACAACUUCUCCCGGUGCGUUUACACCGGAACCACGAAAUCAACAACAAAUGUUGACUGAUCAAAAUGUGAGGGUUCAUAACUUAACACAGAGAUUUGUCAGACCACCAGAAGGGGCACAAAGGAGAGGUGGCGUUGUCUAUAGUCCACAACCAGUACAGCAACAAUUACUUACUCAGCAACAACAUCAGCAGCUAUUGCAAAGACAACAAAUAAUUCAACAACAGCAUGAAGGUAAUGCACAAGAUCAAGGGCAAAAUACUAUUGCUCGAGGAACGUUGCAACGACAACAGGUUCUCCAGCAACAGAAUGAUAUUCCUCAAGAUGGACAAAAUGCUAUUCAGAGAAAUUUACAAAUUGCCCAACAAAGGCAAGUUCUUCAACAACAGCAACAGAAUGAUAUUAUUUCUCAGGAAGGGCAGAAUAUUGCCGCGCAAAGAAAUUUGCAAAUUGUACAACGGCAGCAAAUCAUCCAGCAACAAGAAGGUAUUUCUCAAGAUGGACAAAAUAUUGUUACUCAAAGAUCGCUGCAAAUGACUCAGCAACGACAAAUUCUUCAACAACAACAAAUUCUUCAACAACAACAGUCUGAAAAUAUUUCUCAGGAAGGACAGAAUUCUAUUAAUCAAAGAUCAUUGCAAAUGGUUCAGCAACGACAGCAAAUUCUUCAACAACAGAAUGACAUAAUUUCUCAAGAAGCGCAAAACGUUGCUCAACGAAACUUACAGAUACAGCAGCGACAGCAGAUUCUUCAACAACAACAACAGAUUCUCCAACAACAACAUGAAAAUGUUUCUCAAAACAGUUCUCAAGAUGGACAGAGUUCUAUUGGUCAAAGAACGUUACAAAUCGCUCAGCAACGACAGCAGAUUCUUCAACAACAGCAACUUCAGCAACAAGAAAAUAUUUCUCAAGAUUCUCAAAAUGUUGCUCAGAGAAAUUUACAAAUUGCGCAACGACAGCAAAUUCUCCAACAACAACAACAUGAAAAUACUUCUCAGGGUAUUUCUCAAGAUGGGCAAAAUGUUGUUACUCAAAGAACGUUACAAAUUGCUCAACAGCGUCAGCAAAUUCUUCAACACGAAGGUAUUUCCCCAGAUGGACAGAGCGUUGUCGCGCAAAGAAAUUUGCAAAUGGCACAACAACGACAACAAGCUCUUCAACAACAGCAACAAAUGCAGCAACAGCACGAUAGUGUUUCUCAAGAUGGACAAAAUACUAUUACUCCAAAAUCGUUGCAAAUGGCCCAGCAGCGACAACAAAUUCUACAACAACAACAUGAAGGCGUUCCUCACGAAGGACAGAAUUCCAUUGCUCAGAGAUCGCUGCAAAUGGCUCAACAACGACAACAAAUUCUUCAUCAACAGCAACAACAUGAAGUUAUUUCUCAAGAAGGGCAAACUUCUCUUGCUCAAAGAUCACUCCAAAUGGUUCAACAGCGUCAACAAAUUCUUCAACAGCAACAUGAAAAUGUCUCUCAAGGCAUUUCGCAAGAAGGACAAAAUUCUAUCACUCAAAGAUCGCUUCAAAUGGCUCAACAACGGCAACAUAUCAUUCAACAACAACAGCAACAACGGCAGCAAUUUCUGCAAAUGCAACAACAAAAACCACCAAGCUCGCCGAUGGUGUCUCAACCAGCGAAUUCUCCGAGUCCACAACUUCAUCAACAAAUUCAACAAGGUUACAACCAACCUCCAAGUUCACCUAUGGUACAGCAGACGACCAUGGGAUCUCCAAUGCUUCAACAACAAAUGAAUCCUGUCUCGCAACCUCCGAGUCCGAUGAACAGAAUUUCGCCGAUGCUUCAUGGUCAUCAUCAUUCCUCAACAGCGAAUCAGCCGCCUAGUUCACCCAUGAUGCCUAGAAGUCCCAUGGUAGCGGGUUCUCCCAUGCAGAUGCAGCGAAGACAAUCUACUGGAAACAGUCCGGCAAUGCCAGACAGACCUCAAAGUGUGGAAAAUCCUGGAACACCAAGAACGCCUCAUACUCCGCAUAAUUUUGUUCAACAAAAUGCUAAUUUAUCAACUUCGAGUGAUCCACAGCAAAUGUCUCAACAAGUUUCCCAGGAACAGUCAACUUUAUCAGAAAAUCCUAGCAGAGGUGGAGGAAAUUCCAAUAAUCCCUUAAAUCCAAUUCCUUUUCCCAAUUUUGAAAAAUUAAAAUGUUUUAAAUUGGGCUUAAAAGGUGGUUCCUCGGGUGAACAAUAUAUCCCUCGGGAAGAAGAUUCAUUAUCAGAAAAAUCUAUCAAGAAUGAAAAAGACUCUAUUAAUCCCGUGAAGCUAAUAAGAUUUCCUAAUUUUGGAAGAUAUGGAUACUUCAAAUUGGGUUUAAGGGGUGGAUCACCGAUGUGGUCGAGUAAAAUGGAGACUUUUAAGGGCGGUAAGGGAUCAGAGACGUCCCAAGUAAAGAGAGAUCAGCCUACGGAAGAAAAAAUGACUACUUCCACGAAUCGGAAAACAACUAAGAUCGACUCGUUAGUUUGCGCUGAUUAUAACGAUUUCGAUGAUGAUUCGCAUACACCACCACAGACUUCGCCAACGACUUUAGAGGUGAAAUCAGGUAGUCAGGUUUCUUCCUUGACCUCCUCGACAUUAGAUAAUGGACCUUUAACUUUAGAAAGUCCUGGAGAAAAGCUGAGUCAGCUACCAGACACGACAGAUUAUGAUGAUGAUAAAACUAUAGUCAACACCGAAGUAACAUUGAGUUCUGCAGCUCAGCGGGAUAAUGAUGAUAUUACUGUGAUUGAACAGUUUGGGGACUCAGAAUUAGUUGAUGUCAUUUCAGGAAGUCUAGAAGGUGAUAUGCAGGAAGAAUAUGUUCUUUUUGAACCUGGAAUGGUGGUAGAUCUUUCUGCUGAUAGUAACGAUUCACUUUGCCAUGCUUUGGUAAAUGAUGCUGGUCAGGGCCACGAUUUAGUGCAAAUUCUGGAAAUCGAAAAUCCUGAGUCACAAUCAGAAGAGCAGAUUUUAAGUGAUGAAGAUUUAGUUCCUUCUCAUACGAGAAAUAAAAAGAGUCUCAGACUUGAUAUAGUGAGGACUUUGCAAUCUGGAAAAAAAUUAGUCGCUGUUACUGAUACCCCAGAAUCUCCGGAUCAAGAAGAACUCAGGGUAGAACCUUCACCAAGCCCUUACUUGGAUCAAUCUCCUGAUCAGGAUCUCAUGGUAUCUCUAGUAAGUGAAUCCGAAGUCGUUAUCAUUGAUCCCACAACAAAAUCUCCUGAAGACAAUCUUUCAAAGGGUUCUGGUGAUGAAGAAACAGAAAAAAUUGACUCCAAUAUGCAAACUGACGUUUCCAAAGAAAAUACAGGUGAAAAUCUGAUAGAUGAUCAGACCAAGUCUUCGAAGCAGAACAAAAGCCCUACGACUUUUGUGUUUCCAGAAAAAACUUACAUUAAAAUUUCGGCUUCAACUGUCCAGCAAACAAAUAUUAGCAUGACACCACCUUUAAAAUCAACAAUUUCUUUACCCAAUAUUUCACUUCCUUCUAGUUUGGUUGCCAUAUCAGCUUCUACUAAUUCUCAAUUGAAUCAAGUUACUACUCAGUCAAUCAUAACAGAGCCAAAAAUAACAAGUCAAUCUGAUUCGAAAGAAGUGGCAUCAAGUUCCUUCAGCAACCAGAAAAAUAUUCUGUUUGCCCCGACGAUGGCGAGUAUCGUUGCAGAUGCGAAGAUUGCCGCAAAACUUAGCCAAACUGCUUUGGAAAACAUCUCUAAUUUUCAGCAAAACAAAUCGAGUUCGAAGACUACCUCUAUUAGCGAGACAUUGAAAGUAUUAUCUUCAAAGCCCUCUGUAACUGCUUCGAAUUUAUCAAAUUUAUUGAACGCAACAGAAUCUCUGAAUAAUCCCACGAAGUUAGUAUUAAGUGUUCAACCGACUUCUGUGACACUGUCAACUCCGAAAAUGUCGAUUCCUGAUUUGUCGGGGAAGGAGAGUACUCCAAAGAACAAAGAGAAGCAUGGAGAAAAUCAAGAAAGUGAAAUGAAAAAAAAGACGGAGAAAGAAGAAAUCCAAGACAAAAGCAAAGAAGAGGAUGGCAUUUCAGGCUCAAUUGCUGAAGAAAAAAAAAGUGAUCCGUUAAAUACUACAGAUGAACUGGAGAGUAUGUUAGAAGCUAUUCAUAAUCCUGCGGAAAAUGAAAAUAAAAAUGACACUCCAACAACGAGUUUGAAAAGAAUGUCACCUGUUACUGAUGACCUAUCGCUCGUCAAUAUUUUAGAGAACGAUGCUGAAUCAGUAGAAAACGAGAAGGACCAAGCUUCUUCAAGUUCCGACGUACAAAAAGCAACAAACAAAUCGAAAGAAAUUGAAAAAGACAUUGAAGAGACUAGUAAUGAUAAAGAUACAGUUUCGAACGAGAAAAACCCCCAGGAAGAAUUAUGUACCGACAUUGAGAAUGUCAAACCAUUUCUUCAACAUUGUUUGACCGAAGAAAAGACUUUAAUGGAGGAGUCCACCGAUGAUAUUUUAGAUAUGUUACACAAUAUCAUUUCAUCAAAACCAGAAAUGGCGAAUAGUAGCGAGUUGAAAUCGAGCAUGAUUUAUCAGAUGCCCACUCCACUAGAUACUUUGCCCUUGAAUAUCCUUCAAGAUCCACUAAUGGAUUUAGAGCAAGAAAACCUGGAAAACGAUCAAAUUUCAUCAACUGAAACUAAAAUUCCAGUAAAAAGUCAAACUUCUGAAGUGAAAAAGAGUUCUCCAACGACGAAUCCAACUUCCAGCUUAGUGGUUAGUACUGUGGCGCAGUUGCAAAAGAGUACAACGACAGUUCCUCAUCUCUCACCUCUAUCGAAGCCAACAGAAUUGACUUCCAACGUAGCCAAUGUGUCGCAUCAAUUGAGAACGUUGCUAUCAUCUUUGCAAAGUAAUCAAACGACGGUGAAUCCAACUGGGGUAGUCACUAUGGUUUCCUCGGUAAAGCCUGGAAACGUUUUAUCCACCUCCAGUACUCUGUCACCUUUGAAUUCAUCAAGUACUGUUCAGAGUGGAAUUUCGUCCCUGACGAGAACAGAUCAAGCUCGCUCUCAAUCUAAUGUAAGCAGCAAUACUACUAAAGAUUUGGAAUUGAAGGAAACGUUGAAGGAACCUGGUGGGAUUAUUACUGCAGUUUCUAAAGUCAGUGGCAAUGAACAAGUUUUUAGAGUAACUUCUUCAGUCACAACUCUUCAGUCCACUACAAUUUCCAGUUCUCCAAGUAUUUCUUCAGCAUCUCUAACUUCUAGAACCAUCACGACUUCUAUCUCCAUAACUUCAAACGCGAUGUUGAAUGCCAUGCUAGCAGACACUGCUUCUUUGAAGUCUUCAAUUGCUGGUCAUGGUCGAACUAAUACGGUACCAACUCAAUCUGCUAAUCUUUUGAGUUCUGUUUUGCCAUCGACCCCAAUACAGCGCUCUCAGAAUCUUCAGGCGAUUCUUCAGGUCAGUUCAGGAUGUUCCACGCCCUCUCGAGUACUGGUCAGCACCAAUUCAACCGUAACCAACUCAAUGCAGUGUGUUAGAACUAUUGUACCACCUUUGAUGACAUCCACUGGAGUUUCUGGCAUUUCUAGCAUACUUCAGUCAACAUUGUCACAAGCUUCAAACCAUCUUCUGAACUCUAAUCAAAGUCAGUAUAAAUCUCCAGGUAUUUUGCCUAUAGAUAAUAAAAAUACUGAUCUUGAAAAUCAAUCUACAACAUUAAAGAAAGAUUCGGAGGAGUCCAAAACUCAAGAAAAAAGAGAAAUAGAUUCUACCAAGAAUUCCUCUAGUUCUUUACGAUUAGAGGAAUCCCAAAACGUGUUGCUAAAGCAAUUAUUACAAAAUACUGCCUGUGCUACAACUUCGGGAUCUUCACAAGGACCCAGUUUGCCAAUAGUUCCUUCAUUGGAGGCUCAAUUAGCCCGGCCAGUUUUACCCACGCCACCAUCUCUGCUUCCUCAAUUGUUAAACGAGACUCCAAAACCACCACAACAACUAGUAACACCUAAACCAGCAAUAAAUAAACAAGUUCUUGCACGAGAAACUUCCUUCUUGUCGCAUUCGGUGACGCCUUUGAAAAUUCAGAGUUCAACCAAGGAAGAAUCUUCUAAAGCGCCCCCACCAUUAUCUACUCCGGCUCCGAUAACAACACAAAGAGGACAAACCGAUACUUUGAAACAAACAACAAAGUCACUUCCUGUUUCUUCGGCAAGUUCUUCAGGAAUUUCUUCAGCAAGUCAACAGCCGACAUCUUCGAUAAUAACAACGGUGAAAACAUCUCCAAGUGUUUCCACAAAUCAACAAGAGAGUUCUGGAAGUCAAAGCAAACCGAUGAUCACCGUUACCGAAGCAUCACAGGCCCAACAACGUAUCACCGUUCCUAUUUCAAGGGUUAAUUCUCAAACUAAGCCGAUGGUAACUCCUGGAGUAGCCUCGAAGAAUGUUCAAUCACCAGCCAACAGUUCUAAUACUAGUAAUAUUCCUGGACCACAAAUUCAGGUUCAACAAGUUCAAAACCAACUUCAAGUUACGCAGAAACCGGUGCCUCCACAACAAGUUUCUUCUUCUACUUCUUUCUCUUCUUCUUCUUCUUCCUCCUCUUCUUCAUCUUCUUCUUCCUCUUCUUCCUCUUCUUCUUCUUCUUCUUCUUCGACUCCUUCUGUCCAACAACAAUCUGUUCAACAAGUGCCUCAAAGUCAUGGGACCAUUGCGGGUCAAUCACAAACUGUUACGGUUUCCGCUACCCCGCCGGCUCCUAACACAGUGCCUUUGGUUGAAGUGAAGAAGGAAGUCGGACUUGAGGAAGUUCUAUCUGCCGGUACGACACCAACCAGUCAACUCCAGGCCGAUACCAAAGACUUUCUUACUGCCAAAGAAGAGCUUAUUGAUGGCGCACUGGAUGACAAAAUUGAUCUUAAAAAACUAAAGAGGAGACAGUACCAGCAGAAGCGAAAACAGAGUCAAGGAAAAGAUGCUACAACUGCACCUCAGAAAAAACGUUCUCGCAAAGUGUCGCGUCUCGAUGAGGAUUACGAUACAUUCGUAGACAAUUUGAUGGCGCAGUUGCGGCAGUUACAACCGAUGGCAGUAUUAGAACCUUUUCUGGGACGUAACUACGGAGUAUUCCCAAUCUUUGGUUCCGGCGAUCUUACUAAGAUCGGAAAUUUGAAAAAUUACAAUACCAGAACCGGCGAUUUGAUUGGAAGUUAUGGUUCAAGCAGAUUGCCUGGUGUUUCUGAUCAUUAUAACACGCAACCUUUUGGCGAAUUGGAUCCUUUGCCACCUCAGCAGCCCCCGACUACGCAAAGAGGGUUUUACGAUCAGGAAUUUCCACCUUUGAAAUUGGAUGAUUCCGAUGACAAGAAAGAGAAUAUGACGACGAAUCGCGACGUGGACUCGCCUGAUACCAUCGUGAGUUCGUCCUCACCUGAGUGUGUUAUACCGGAACUUAUGCAUCGUUUCCCCGGAUUGCGAUUGAUAGAAGAAGAUUCGGACGAGGAAGCGGAUUGGCUGAAACGCGUGUCACCCGUCAUACCUUUAAUUUCACCGAUUCCAAUUAGAUUAAAGCCUGCUUACUUGAAAGAUGUGGCUAAACAGGAUAAGGAAAAUCUUGGAAUACCUAAACUUGGCAAAUCUCCAAUUCCUUUACGAGAAAACGGGAACGUUACCGUGACUUUAACUCUAAAUAGUCAGGCUGCAGAUGAUAUAAUGGGUGUACUUAAAGAUCUUGCCAAUAUUCUGAAUAUAGCACCGCCUGCUGGUUAUCAAAUAGUCGAACGCACUACCACUCCUCCCAGCCAGAAAUUAGGAUUAUAUAGGACAAAAGGAAAAGACGGUAAAGAGGGUGCUCCAAUUGAUAUACAAAGUAUUCUUAACGGUGCAGCGAAAUUCUGUCGUCAUUGCGAUGUCGUAAUUCUUAACAGUCUCAUCCGAAAGAAAGUAUCCGAUCUGCCGUUUUUAAGCAAGGAAGAAGCUGAACCUGGUGAUGAACUCUGCUUCUGUUCGGCAGCGUGUUAUAUGCAAUUCGCUCUUAUGCAUCGAACACCUUCUAAUACUCAAGACAAGGCUGCUACAAUAGUUGAUCAUUUAUGCCAUAAAACGGAAGCAAAGCCACUAGAAGAUAAUUUAAAAAGCCUGAAAAAGUUACCAGUUAAACAACAACAGCAGGUAGAAAAGGUUGAGAGUAUGGAGAUCGAGGAACCAACAUCGGAGAUUAAAGUAAAAACUGAAAAACUGGAAAAUAUAGAGAACGCGGAGAGUGAAGAGAAGCGUCCGAAGAAGCAUCUAGCUGAGGAAAUUGGAGACACUGAACCUCAACCACCUGCAAAAAUGUCGAAAGAUUCGAGAUACAAACCAUGGUCGAUGGGAGUCAUACAACCUACCACCAAAUUUAAGAAACCUACUGAUAGAGAGAUUACCGAGAUGUUAUUCCGAAUGGGAGUCACGGUAGUGCCUGUAAAAACUGAGGACAGUCGUCGUUGCAUGUUCUGCCAGAGUCAAGGUGAUGGUACAGCUGAUGGACCCGCUCGACUACUUAAUUUCGAUGUGGACAAAUGGGUGCAUCUCAAUUGUGCAUUGUGGUCUGAAGACGUGUAUGAGACAGUGAACGGCGCGCUAAUAAAUCUGGAUACCGCGCUACAACACAGUCUCGUAUUAAAUUGCAUUGUUUGCGAAAAACCUGGCGCCACGGUCAAAUGUUUCAAGAUGAGAUGCACCAACGUUUAUCAUCUGGGGUGUGCUGUCAAAGAUGGCUGUGUAUUUUACAAAAACAAGAGCACCUAUUGUUCUCAACAUAUUCAAAAAAAUGAGAAGGACAAUGAACUGACCACGCUUUCUGUUUAUCGUCGCGUCUACGUCAAUCGCGAUGAAAAUCGACAAGUCGCUGCAGUAAUGCAUCAUUCCGAGCACAAUCAUCUGCUUCGCGUGGGCUCUCUCAUCUUUCUCAGCGUGGGUCAACUGCUUCCCCAUCAACUGCAGAACUUUCAUACGCCCAAUUAUAUCUAUCCAGUAGGCUACAAGAUUGUACGGUUCUAUUGGAGCAUGCGGACACCCAACAAACGUUGUCGAUACGUGUGCUCGAUCCACGAUGUUUCUGGCCGUCCAGAAUUUCGUGUCCUAGUCCAAGAACCUCUUCAAGAUGACGUUGAGUUGAGGGAUGUUACUGCGCAAGCUGUUUGGAGUAGAAUUUUAAAGCCGCUUGCCGAAUUGAGGAAACGUACAAAUUCUAUCCAAUUAUUUUCGAGAUAUGUCUCGGGAGAGGAUCUGUUUGGGUUGACAGAGCCGGCAGUAGUACGAGUGCUGGAAAGUUUGCCCGGUAUCGAGACUCUUACUGACUACAGAUUCAAAUACGGCCGUAAUCCAUUGUUGGAAUUACCGUUAGCUAUCAAUCCAACUGGAAGCGCGCGAACGGAAGCGCGUCUACGCAAUCAGCUGCCGUGGAAACGUCCGCACACGCAACGCACAGGAACAUCGCGAGGAAGCACGGCUGUACCAUUCGCUUUAUCAUCGUGUACCGCUACUGCGUUGGGCACAAGUAUUUCCUCGACAUUGGCAGCCGCUGCAGCUGCUGCUGGUGAAGCUGCCUCUUGCCCAUAUUCUAAACAAUUUGUACACUCUAAGAGUUCGCAGUACAAGAAGAUGAAACAAGAGUGGCGUAAUAAUGUUUAUCUGGCAAGAUCAAAAAUUCAAGGUUUAGGAUUGUAUGCAGCAAGAGAUCUUGAAAAACACACGAUGGUGAUUGAAUAUAUAGGGGAAAUUAUCAGAACAGAGCUAGCGGAAACCAGGGAGAAGCAAUAUGAGGCUAGGAAUCGAGGUAUAUACAUGUUUCGUUUGGACGAAGAACGAGUAGUGGAUGCAACAUUGUGCGGCGGCCUUGCCCGCUAUAUCAACCAUUCGUGCAAUCCAAACUGUGUUGCCGAGAUCGUCGAGGUCGAGCGUGAUCUUAGAAUUAUUAUAUUUGCCAAGCGCAGGAUUUCACGUGGUGAAGAGUUGGCAUAUGACUACAAAUUUGAUAUCGAGGAUGAUCAACACAAAAUUGCAUGCGCGUGUGGCGCUCCUAAUUGUCGUAAGUGGAUGAAUUAAAACCAACGACGAAAAAAAAGGAGAUGUAAAGAAACAAGAAAGACUCAUUGCCAGUCUCUCCAUUCUGCCGUUGUUAUUAUUGUUGCUACGUUUUAUGGGAUAAGAUACGUUUUCCACAUAGAAGAAACGAAGAAGUAACGAAACAAAUUUCAUAUAAAUAUAUAAAUACAAGAUGCAUAUACAAUGUAUACAUAUAUAAUGUAUGUAUACAUAUAUACGCAUGUAUGUGUAUAUGUACAUACGUAUGUAUACUUAGUCACAAAAAAAAACAUCAACCAUAAUUUAAUUUGUAAAGUGCCAUUGCGCGAUAAUUCUAAACGAUUCUAAUUAGAUAAUUAACCUUGGAUUUAUUCCUACAAUUAUUUAUUAGAAAUUUAUUUCAAAAUGUAUAAUUUUGAUAUUAUGCUAGACUCUAUACAAUACAAAUUUAGGCAACUUCCUAACUAGAAAACUUUACCUUCUACAGUGAGACGUAACAAACAAAACAAAAGAAUGAGAUUAUAAUCAUUUAUAAUCACUUUACAAGCAUUUGCAAAAAA